CUACAAGAAGGACUACAACAAGGCCAAGCUGAAGUAUCACUCCCCAGUGGACAUGAUGAGCGUGAUGCACGCCAAGCAGGCCUCUGCUGCUCAGACUAUGACUGGAUACAGGAAGAUCAAGCACAGUUACUCUCUGCUCCCUGAUGCCAUAAACUUGCAACAGGCUCGCAAAAUGAACGUCCAGUGUAGUGACUGGGACUACAAGUCUGAAUAUAACAACUAUAUCAGAGGUACCGGAUGGGUCCCCAUCGGCUCUAUUGGAGUUGAGACCGCUAAAGUUGGCGGUCAGAUUCAGAGUGACAAUCGGUACCGCACUCAUCCAUCCACCUUCAAGUUCACCAAGCUGAUGGACUCCAUGGACUUGACUCUGGCUACUGCCAACAACAAGAUCAUGAACAAGCAAGCAUACAGUGCAGCUUGGGAGAAGGACAAACGGACAGUCCACAUCAUGCCAGACGCUCCGGAGAUUGUCCUGGCCAAAGCUAAUGCCCUCAACAUGAGCAAUAAACGUUACAAAGCCGGUGUUGUGGCGAUGGCUAAUAAAGGCUACAACCUCAAAGGAGACGCCGUCGCAAUUUUGGCCGCCAAGUCCGGUACCACCAUUGCCAGUGAUUACAAGUACAAGCUGGCUUACGAGAAGGCCAGAGGACACCACGUGGGCUUCCGCAGCAUCCAGGACGACCCUCUGCUGGUUCACUACAUGGCGGUGGCUAAGAUGCAGAGCGAAAAGAACUACAAGAAGGACUACAACAAGGCCAAGCUGAAGUAUCACUCCCCAGUGGAC